AUGGAGAAUCAGACAGAGAUCAAUCACUUCAUACUGAUGAGUCUAACAGAUCGAGAGGAACUUCAGAACUUCUUGUUUGCCCUCUUUUUGAUCCUCUAUCUAGCAACUGUGCUAGGAAAUGGCACCAUUGUGUGUGUGGUAGUGGGGGAGCGCCGGCUUCACACUCCUAUGUAUUUCUUCCUCAGUAACCUCUCUUGCCUGGACAUUUGCUACUCUUCAGUCAUCCUUCCCAAGAUGCUCUCUGGCUUCCUCUUGGCCCACAGAAGAAUUUCCUUUAUCGGAUGCAUCACCCAGCUCCAUUUCUUCCAUUUUCUGGGCAGCAGUGAGGCUCUUCUUCUGGCUGCCAUGGCAUACGAUCGGUAUGUGGCAAUCUGCAACCCACUACACUACCCAAUAAUUAUGUGUAGGCACACGUAUAUUCUGUUGGCAGCCGCCACUUGGACCAUGGGGUUCUUCCAUGCCCUGAUGCACACCAUAAUGACCUCCCGACUACAUUUCUGUGGACCAAAUAUCAUUCAACAUUUCUUUUGUGACAUCAAGCCGCUUUUGAGACUGGCCUGCAGUCGCACAUUGCUCAACCUCAGCCUCCUCAACAUUGUCACAGGGUUAAUUGUCAUUAUUCCCUUUUUUCUAACACUCAUCUCCUACCUCUACAUCAUCUUUUUCCUCUUAAUGAAGGUCCAGUCACACAGUGGGAGAUGGAAGGCCUUCUCCACCUGCACCUCCCAUCUCACAGUUGUAGGUUUGCUCUAUGUGCCAGUCCUGUUCAACUACCUUCCACCCUCCUCAGGAGACUCACCACAGAGAGACAUGAUAGCCACCCUCAUGUACAGUGUAGUGACCUCUGUCUUGAACCCUCUGAUCUACACUCUGAGGAACCAGGAGAUGAAAUCAGCUGUGAGGAGAACCAUAGGCAGACUACUACUCUCUUUAAGAAUGUGA